AUGAAGCGCAUUACACAUCGGCUCUUCGUAGCCGUCUUUCUAUUGAGCAUCGGCCGGGCAGCAGUGGUGAAGAGAGAGCCUGAACUGCUUCGAUUCCGAGGCCCAACCUCCAUCACUACGGACUCACUGCACAAUAUCCACGUGGAAUUCGUCGAGGAUGCUUUCGAAGGGGAAGUUCACCUUGUCUACGGAGAAUGCGACAUUUCCAGCGCCAGCUAUGGUCACCAUGCUAUUGGCAGCGCUUUCAUCCAACGCGAAGCGAAAGCAGAACGAUUUGUCUGGAUCACCCCGUCUGACACUCCCCAUCUGCACUGCCUGCAUGCAUUUUCCGGUUCUUCUCUGAUUGGACGGUCCGCUCCCAUUUCCGUGACUGCGCCUCUCAUCAAGCGCGAGGCGAUUGCUGAUGUCGCGGACGCGAUGGGCCCCUGGUUUGAUGGUGUUGCAUACAUGAAAGCCAAGGAGCCCAAUAAGCAUGUUGUAGCCAAAGCCAAGAACUCCUCGGUUGCCAUCGUCGGCGGAGGCAUGUCUGGGCUGAUGACAAGUCUGCUUCUCGAGUCUGUGGGUAUUCACAAUUGGCACAUCUAUGAGUCGACGAACAGGGUGGGUGGGCGAAUUCGCACCGAGUAUCUCAACAAUACACGUCCCGAUGAAUACCAGUACCAGGAGAUGGGUCCCAUGCGGUUCCCUGUUAGUAUCACUUACGCGGAUACCAAUGAGACCCUCGAAAUACAAGACCACAAGAUGAUCUUCCAGCUGGCUGAUGUGCUGAACAAGAUAAACGCCGACAAACCCGACCUUCACGUCAACUUCAUCCCAUGGGUCCAGAAGAGUGCCAACGUGCCCGCAUCAUCAGGAGGCAAUCGACUCCCCGACGGCCGCAUCCCGACUGCAGCUCAGGUAGCGGCCAAUUCAUCUCUCGUCUAUACAGCUCCUUCCUCGAAUGCUACUGCUGCCGACGAGGCGGAGGAAGCCUACGCCAGCUACAACAAGCUCGGAGAGACGACCAAAAUCAAGCAGAUCGCAACAAACAUGUACCAAGCACACAAGGCCGCUGUCCAAGAUGGCAUGUUUCACUGGUCCGAAGCCGGAUACCUGCGGUACGCGCUGGGCUACGACGCCAACAUCACCGACUACGUCGCCGGCACAGGCGACUCUCCCAUCUGGGGGGACUUUUACGACAACGUCUACUUCGCGGCGACGACAUGGCGCACCAUCGACAAGGGCCUCGAGUCGCUCCCGCGCGCCUUCUACCCUCACAUCGCGAACAAAACCACCUUCAACCGCAAGGUGUCCGGGUUAACCUGGAACGAGACCUCGGGCAAGAUCGCCGUCAACUGGCGUGAGGAUCCCUUCAAGAUGACCCCCGAGGGCGAGGAGUAUGAUUACGCCGUCGUUGCCACACCCUUCAGCAAGGUCCGACUGUGGGAACUGCCCCGCUACUCAUCUCUGCUCAGCCGUGCGAUCUCUACCCUCAACUACGACCCCGCCUGUAAAAUGGCGCUGCACUACAAGUCCCGGUUCUGGGAGCACCAGGAGAAUCCCAUCUUCGGGGGAUGCGGCUCGGUCGACGUCGCGGGUAUCGGAUCGGUCUGCUACCCAUCGUAUAAUAUGAAUGGCACGGGGCCCGGUGUGGUUCUCGCAUCGUAUCUGAGUGGCACGCCUGCGCGGUCAACAGCCGCGCUGAGCACGGAGGACCACGUCGCCCUUGUUCAGCGGACGAUGGUCGAAAUCCACGGGCCCAUCGCGGAGAAGGAGUUCACGGGGAUCUUCUACCGUCAGUGCUGGGAGUUUGAUGAGCAUCAGGCUGGUGCUUGGGCCGAUCCUCUGGUCGGUCAGCAGGAGCUUUAUCUCCCUGCUUACUACCAGACUGAGUUCAAGACUAUCUUUAUCGGCGAACAUACCAGCUAUACUCAUGCGUGGAUCUUCUCGGCGCUGGACUCGGCGGUUCGGGGCACCACACAAUUGCUGCUUGAUUUGGGGUUGGUGGAUGAGGCAAAGAGCAUUGUCCAUGAGUGGAUGGGACGAUGGAUCUCAGUCUAA